AUGCCUCUGGACAUCGAGGAGAUCCUACGCCAGAAAAAGGCAGCGGAAGCCGCCGCCGCCAAGCCUCGCUUCAUACCAAAAGCUCAGCGCGAACGUCUCGCCGCCGAAAAAGCUAAGCAGGAGGAGGAGUUGAAGCGGAAAAAGGCCUCCGGUGACGCGCACAAACGAGCCGAGGACGAGAAGAAGUGGGAAGACCGAUCUACCGGCAGGACAUCGAAAUCAACGGCGACGAAUGGAACAGCCAACGGCGUGCCCACCGGCCCGCGCUCUAUGAAUGGCGCGGGCCCCAGAGACAGAGACGACCGAGACCGUCGAGACGGGCGAGCCGGAGGCGGCAAGGGUAGCAAGGAGGGCAGCGGCAAGAAGGCUAACAAGGCCAACGCUGACAAGCGCUCCGCCGAGGAAAUUGAAGCCGAGCUGCUCCGAUCCCGAUACCUAGGCCCCGAGGUGAACCAACAUUCAAAUUUCUCAGCCCAGAAAAAGCGGAUGCGAACGACCGAGAAGAAGUUCAACUUUGACUGGGACGCUGGCGAGGACACGUCGCGCGCCGACGACGGGGGCUACAGUGGUGGCGCGGGCGUUCGCGGCUUCUCGCUGGCUGGUGUUGGCGGCGAGUUCGACAGGGAGGCGGAGGAGCGGGCGAUGAAGCGCGCCCGCCUGAUCGAGCAGCGCGACCUCGAGCAUGGCCGCGAGCGCGCCAAGGGCAUGAUGGAGGACUUUUACCGCGCGCGGGACAAGGCGCGGGACCGCGCGGAGCGGACCGGCCUCGGCCGCCGGUGGAACGAGAAGCGGCUCGAGGAGAUGCGCGAGCGCGACUGGCGCAUCUUCAAGGAGGACUUUGGCAUCUCGACCAAGGGCGGCACGCUGCCGAACCCCAUGCGCAACUGGCAGGAGUCGGGCCUGCCGCCGCGUCUGCUGAGCAUCAUCGAGCAGGUCGGCUACGACGAGCCGACGCCAAUCCAGCGCGCCGCUAUCCCCAUCGCGCUCCAAGCGCGGGACCUGAUCGGCGUGGCCGUCACGGGUUCCGGCAAGACGGCCGCCUUCCUGUUGCCGCUGCUCGUGUACAUCGCGGACCUGCCGCCGCUGACGGAGACGAACAAGAACGACGGGCCCUACGCGCUGAUCCUAGCACCGACGCGCGAGCUGGUGCAGCAGAUCGAGAAGGAGGCGCGCAAGUUCGGCGAGCCGCUCGGGUUCCGGUGCGUGAGCAUCGUUGGUGGGCACUCGCUAGAGGAGCAGGCGUACGCGCUGCGCAACGGCGCCGAGAUCAUCGUGGCGACGCCGGGUCGCCUGGUGGACUGCAUCGAGCGGCGGCUGCUGGUUCUGUCGCAGUGCUGCUACGUCAUCAUGGACGAGGCGGACCGCAUGAUCGACAUGGGCUUCGAGGAGCCCGUCAACAAGAUCCUGGACGCGCUGCCCGUGUCCAACGAGAAGCCGGACUCGGACGAGGCCGAGGACGGGCGGCUGAUGCGGCGGUACGUCGGCGACGAGCACGGCGGCACCGGCGGCCGCUACCGCCAGACCAUGAUGUUCACCGCCACGAUGCCGCCGCUGGUCGAGCGCAUCGCCAAGAAGUACCUGCGGCGCCCGGCCAUGGCCCUCAUCGGCAACGCCGGCGAGGCCGUCGAGACGGUCGAGCAGCAGGUCGAGUUCGUCGCCGGCGAGGACGCGCGCAAGAAGCGCCUGCAGCGCAUCCUCGCCUCCGAGCAGUUCGCGCCGCCCAUCAUCGUCUUCGUCAACAUCAAGCGCAACUGCGACGCCGUCGCGCGCGACGUGCGCGCCAUGGGCUGGUCCGCCGUGCCGCUGCACGGCUCCAAGACGCAGGAGCAGCGCGAGGCCGCGCUCGCCGCCGUGCGCGCCGGCGAGACCCAGGUGCUCGUCGCGACGGACCUGGCCGGCCGCGGUAUCGAUGUCGCCGACGUCUCCCUCGUCGUCAACUUCAACAUGGCGAGCAGCAUCGAGGCGUACACGCACAGGAUCGGCCGCACGGGUCGCGCGGGCAAGAGCGGCACGGCGAUCACGUUUCUGGGCAACGAGGACGCGGACGUCAUGUACGACCUCAGGCAGAUGCUGGCCAAGAGCUCGCUGUCAAAGGUCCCGGAGGAGCUGAGGAAGCACGAGGCCGCGCAGACGAGGCCGGUCAAGGGUGGAGGUGGUCGGGCGAGGGCAGGAGAGCAGGAGAAUGAGGGCGGCGGUGGUCGGGGAGGCAGAGGCCCAGGAGGAGGACGAUGA